CCCUCCGCGGCGUGGAUGGCGGCGCGGCCGGGGCCGGGGCCGGGGCCGGGACCGGGGCCGCUCCUGCUCCUGCUCCUGGGGUUGGUGGUGGUCGCCGCCGCCGCCGCCCCGCCGGUCUCCGCCGAGCCCCGCGUCUACCUGAGCAGCUGGGCCGUGCGGGUGGCGGCGGCGGGGCCGCGGGAGGCCGGGGGUCUGGCCCGCCGGCACGGCCUGCUCUGCCUGGGUCAGGUGAUGGAGGGAGAGCCUUAUUAUCAUUUCAAACACCGUGGCACCAGGCAGAAAGCCUUAAGCAGACACUGGGGCUGGAAUAUGCGCCUGACAAAAGAGCCAAAGGUUCUCUGGUUUGAGCAACAAACCGUAAAGAGGCGCACGAAGAGAAGCGUCAAUGUGGUGCCAACAGAUCCCUGGUUCUAUAAACAGUGGUACAUGAAUAAUGACAUCAAUCCUGAUCUAAACAUCCUCACUGCUUGGAGCAAAGGGUACACGGGGCUGGGGGUCGUGCUGACCGUCCUGGACGAUGGGAUUGAGAAGGACCAUCCGGACCUGUCUGCCAACUACGACCCUCUGGCGAGUUACGACUUCAACAGCAAUGACCCCGAUCCCCAGCCCAGGUACGCUGCUGGGGAUGAGAACUGGCACGGGACACGCUGUGCAGGAGAAGUGGCAGCCGCAGCUAACAACCGAAUCUGCGGAGCAGGCGUUGCGUACAAUGCCAAAGUUGGAGGCGUGCGGAUGCUGGACGGUCCCAUCACGGACAUGGUGGAGGCUCAGUCCCUCAGCCUGCGUCCCCAGCACAUCCACAUCUACAGUGCCAGCUGGGGCCCCGAGGAUGACGGGAAGACUGUGGACGGGCCAGGCGUGCUGGCUGCGGAGGCUUUCCACAGAGGGGUCACCAAAGGACGGGGUGGCCUUGGCUCCAUCUUCAUCUGGGCCUCCGGCAACGGCGGGAUCAACUACGACAACUGCAACUGCGACGGGUACACCAACAGCAUCUAUACCCUCGCGGUGGGCAGCGUCCUGGCAGGCGGCCGGAGGCCCUGGUACGGCGAGGGCUGCUCCGCCAUCCUCACCACCACCUACAGCAGCAGGACCACAAGCGAAGUGCAGAUCGUGACCACCGACCUGCACCACCGCUGCACCGACAAGCACACAGGCACCUCUGCCUCGGCCCCGCUGGCCGCAGGAAUGAUCGCCCUCGCGCUGGAGGCCAACCCAGCACUGACCUGGCGUGACCUGCAGCAUCUCGUCAUCAGGACCUCCAAGCCCGCUCACCUGCAGGCAGAAGACUGGGCUGUGAACGGGGUUGGACGCAAGGUGAGCCACCACUAUGGCUAUGGGCUCCUGGACGCUGGUCUGCUGGUGGAGAUGGCCAAGGAGUGGACAGGAACUCGGCCCCAGCGGAGGUGUUCGGUCAAGGCUCUUCACACCCCCCGGAACAUUGGCUCCAAGCUCACCGUCUCCACAGACGUCUCCUGCUCCGGGAGGACCAAGCACAUCCGCUCGCUGGAGCACGUCCAGGUCCAGCUCUCUCUGAGCUACAGCCGCAGGGGGGACCUGGUGAUCGCUCUGACCAGCCCGAUGGGGACCACAUCCACGCUGGUGACCGUGCGCCCGUACGACACCAGCCAGCAGGGCUACAAGGACUGGACCUUCAUGUCCACACACUUCUGGGAUGAGAACCCCAACGGGACCUGGACACUCCGGCUAGAGAACAAGGGCGAUGCCUAUAACACAGGUCUGCUGACCGGCUUCAUCCUGCACCUCCACGGCACAGAUGAGGAGAUGACAGCCAGGCACUUUGCAGCCUCUGCCACGGACAAGUGCCUCAGGCGGGACGCGCGGGGAGCGUGCGAGGACUGCGGCAGCUCUUUGUUCGCCUACCGGCGCUCCUGCCUGUCCUACUGCCCUCCGCGCUACUACGGCCAUACCCAGAGAGCCGCCGCCACCAACGCAGCCCGCGUCUGUGCCAGCUGCCACCCCUCCUGCUACACGUGCCAGGGCGCUUCGGCCAACAACUGCACGGCCUGUCCUCCUGCCGGCACCUUCGAUGAGCUCACCCGCUCCUGCUCCCCUCCGCAGGGCUUCCCCGCCGAGGAGGGGCUGCAGAGUGACCUUCUCCCUGUCCUCGUCUGCGGGAGCCUCAUCCUCUCAGCCUUCCUCUAUGUCACAUACCGCGUGGCCUUUUGCGUCACGAAAGGUAGCUCCUGCUGUCCCCGGGCUGGAAAGGCAGCAUGACACCAGCCUGGGCUGCACGGACACAGGGGGGCUGGAUCCCAGCCUGGAACAGAGCUGCCCUUGCCUGGCUUCCGAAAUAAACUGAUUGUUGCCUUUCUGGACCACCCUCUCUGAAGGACACCCCCCAGGGACCCGAGCCGUGCCAGGGGGCCCGAUCUGGCACGCUGCUGCAAGGGAGCUAUUUCCAGAAGAGCCGGG